AUGUCGACCACAAAUAUCACCAACCCUGACUCCUCCAAUUCCUCGUCCUUUGUGGAGUAUGACCAGAUUAUUCUCUUUGGCGACUCCAUAACCCAGGGCUCGUGCGAUCAGGGGAGCGGCGGGUUUGCCUUCUGCCCCGCCUUGCAGCACGAUUAUAUUAGACGUUUCGAUAUCAUCAAUCGGGGCUUCAGUGGCUAUACAUCUGAGCAAGCUCUCGCAAUCUUCCCAUGCUUCUUCCCGCCCGUGCAAAAGGCGAGGGUCCGCCUAAUGACCGUCUUCUUCGGCGCAAAUGACGCCGUCCUCCCCGGCUUCCAGCAACACGUCCCCCUCAACCUCUAUAGAGAAAAUUUAAUAAAAAUCCUCACACACCCGCUCAUCAAAGCGCAUCCGGAGACAAAUCUCUUACUCCUGACCCCACCACCUGUCAAUGAGUAUCAGUUUUCCCCCUCAGAUACAGAUACAGAUACAGGCGCAGGUGCAGAUCGAGAUGUAGAUGCGGAUGUAGGUACGCAGCCCGGCGCGCUCGAUCCCGAACCCGAACCCGAACCAGCCUCCCCAAUAAUGCGCAAAGCCUCCCGGACAAAACAAUACGCCGACGCCUGCCGAGAGGUGGGCAAGAAGCUCAACGUGCCCGUUGCCGAUAUAUGGACUGCAUUCAUGACUGUGGCUGGGUGGGUGGAUGGCCAGCCGCUGGCGGGAUCGAGAGAGGUGCCUGUGAAUGAGAGGUUGCAGGCGUUGUUGUCAGAUGGUCUCCAUUUCAACCCGGCCGGCUAUAGGGUGUUGUACGAUGAGGUGACGAGGGCGAUCCGGACGCAUUAUCCGCACCUCGCGCCUGAGAAUGUGCCUAUGCAUUUCCCUCCGUGGCAGAGUGCGCCGAAAUCGUAGUUCACUUGGAGUUGGUUCCUGGGGAAAGAGGCGCUUGCGGGCGCCGCACUUUAUUAUUAUUAUUAUUAUUAUUAUUAUUGUUCACUAUAUGAUGGAGGAAGAGACCAAGAGAACUGCUACGGGCAAAGAGAUAUAAUAAUAUGGAUCACGGCUCAGAACCGCCAGCGAGAGUUGAGGAUAGGCGAGGAAACGAACCCCUCGCCCUCCCCCUAACCCCCGCCUCUCGUCCCCAUAGGGGCACCCGUUCUAAUUCUUUUCUUACAUACCAUAUUCUUUUCCGAAACAUAAGAAGAAACUUCAUCAUGUCUUAUGGAAUGGGUAGAGGUGUGCUGAAUGCCACAAGCAAAACAUUGUGUCUCCGCUCUAUCAACCCCCCGUCGCUCCCAAGGUUCGAAGGGAGAGAGGAAGUGGACGUAGCUCAACGGUGGUGGACGAUGGCAUUAGGAUUUGAAAGGUGAGUAAAGAGGUCAACGGGGAUGGGUUUGUCUAAUUUAGGGAGAUAUUUAUAUUUAUAUUUCCAUUACUUUUUAUUUAUUUAUUUAUUUAUUGCAUAUAUC